CGACGUUUUCCCAUCGUCGUACUCGUACGUCGGCAUCCCACCGAUGCGUGACGUCGAGCACUCCAUUCAUCUCGUGCCUGACUAUCAUGUUCACCACCAGGCACCCUACAGACUCUCGAUCCCCGAGGCCACCGAACUCAAGCGUCAGCUUGAGGAGCUCCUGAGACUGGGUUUCAUUAAACCCAGCAACUCCCCGUGGGUUACACCCGUCCUCUUUGCUCGCAAAGCGGAUGGAACUCUUCGUCUCUGCAUCGACUACCGCGGCCUCAACCGCUACACGGUUAAGAACAGCUACCCCAUGCCUCGUUCCGAUGAGCUGUUCGACCGCCUAGCAGGUAACCACUUCUUUACGAAGAUUGAUCUUCGUAGCGGUUACCAUCAGAUCUGCGUCGCUGGAGCCGACCAGCCGAAGACCGCGUUCCGAUCGCGAUUCGGCCACUACGAGUUCACGGUGAUGCCAUUCGGCCACUACGAGUUCACGGUGAUGCCAUUCGGCCUCACCAACGCACCCGCUACCUUUCAGAGGGCGAUGAAUGACAUCUUCAGGGACAUCCUGGAGCAGUACGUUCUCGUCUACCUCGACGAUAUCCUGGUCUUUAGUCGUACCCUUGAGGAGCACCUCAGACACCUCCGCGACGUCCUUGACCGCUUGCGCAGACAUAGUUUUUAUGCCAAGCUAAGCAAGUGCCACUUUGCCCAGCACAAAAUGGAGUUCUUAGGACACUAUGUGUCUGACCAGGGUCUCCACAUGGACGACGCGAAGAUCACUGCUAUUGCGGAGUGGCCCGCUCCCACAUCCGCCAAGCAGCUUCGCAGCUCCCUAGGCCUGACCAGCUACUAUAGUAACUUCAUCCGAGGAUACGCUAGGUAUUCCUACGUCCUUACCUCCACCCUCCUCCGGAAGAACCCACCCUGGGCUUGGACACCCCUCCACGAGGACGCCUUCCGGGCCCUCAAGAAGGCGGUGAUAUGCGCACCGGUUCUUCACCUACCCGAUUUUGACUGCCCUUUUAUCCUUACCACCGAUGCGUCAGACUUCACUGUAGGAGCAGUGCUUUCUCAGCUACGUGUCCGAGCAGUAGCAGAGUUCCAUGACCAGGCAGCUGCCGGUCAUAUGGGUUUCCACAAGACGUUGGCUCGUGUGAGCCGCCUGUACGUCUGGCCAAAGCGCAAGGACUUUGUGAAGGACUACGUCGCAGAGUGUCCCACCUGUCAGGAGGUGAACAGUGCGAACCACCUACCUUAUGGUUUGCUCCAGCCUCUUCCUAUCCCUGAGGGUCGUUGGCAGUCCAUCUCGAUGGACUUUAUCGGCCCUCUUCGACCUGCGACCCCCCGCGGUCAUGAUGCUAUCCUGGUCGUCGUCGAUCGCUUCACGAAGCGUGCACGCUUUGUUCCGUGCCGAUAUGCCAUCAGUGCACGUGAGGUCGCCGACAUCGUAUUUGACCGAGUCGUGCGUGACCACGGCUUACCUCUGAGCAUCAUAUCUGACCGUGACCUGCGCUUUACCAGCCGAUUCUGGCGACGGCUUCACGAGGUGUAUGACACUCAGCUCCGCUUCUCCUCGUCUUACCAUCCUCAGACUGAUGGUCAGACCGAGAUCACGAACAGGACUCUCGGGGAUAUUCUCCGAAAGAUUGUUCAUGACGACCAGCAGUGGGAUCUCCAUCUUGCCCACGCGGAGAUAGCUUACAACCACGUCGUCUCGCCAGCCACGGGGAUGUCGCCUUACUAUUGCGACCUUGGCUAUCACCCGCGUGUUCCCGCGGACUUCCUUCGACCGUCCCAGAUGCACCCCGACACGAGUUGUCCCGCGCUGGAUGAUUGGGUUGCACACAUGACGUCGAUUAUGAAGACCGCACAUGAGCACAUAGCUGCUUUCCAGACUCGCAUGGCAGCACGUGCGAACCGAUCGAGGAUGGAUCACCCAUUCAAGGUCGGUGAUGAUGUGCUUAUCGACGCCCGCCACUUACAGCUCGAAGCGGACACGCUUCGCAAGUUUCAGCGUCGCUUCUUUGGCCCAUGCCGCAUCCUCCAGGCCGUCGGUUCUGAUACGGCAUCUAGCCUGGUCAACUUUCGUGUGAAGCUGCCCGACUACCUACGCCAGGCUCGUGUGCAUGAUGUCUACCACGUCUCGUUACUGCGUCCUUACCGCAGACCGCCUGAGUGUUUCGCUGGACGACCAUACGAGCGCCCUCCACCCAUCAUGGUGGACGGCCACGAGGAGUUCCUCGUUUCAGACAUCAUUGGUCGCCGAGUCACCGACGACAACCCUCCCCACGUCGAGUAUCUCGUACGUUGGAAGGGUUACCCUGAUGAGGAGGCUACCUGGGAGCCCCUCGAGCACUUGGAGCACGCUCGCAUGUUGGAGCGUGCCUAUGACCGUGCUCGUCGUGCUGGGUUCACUGCUCCUCCUCAGCCCACUGACCCUCCUCCUUCUCCUCCGGCUGAGGAGACCGCUGAAGUUGAGCCUCCUCGAUCUGAGGCAGACCUUCAGCAGCAGCCGGAUGCUUCUGAGCGUCCACAGCGCACUCGUCGUCGUCCUGCUCGAUAUGACGAUUGACUCUGACUUACCUUCCCACGUCUUUGACUUCUCAGUACUCCAUCCACAUCAGUUUUGCUACUUCAGCUC